AUGGGUGCGCCCAGCGGCGGCUCGAAGGACAACUCAGCUUCUGGUUCCUCGAGCAGAGCUUUCAAGAAUCCUAGGCAAAGUGGCCGCAAGCGAGGCAAAGGCGGCAAGCAGACUGGGCGCGCAGAUUUCGAGCGCAUGAAGGAGAACAACAAGCGAGACGGCGGAAGUGGCGAUUGGCGUGACUUUAAGCGACGCAAGGUCAACGGCGGUGAGGAUGGGGCCAAGAACCCAUUCUCCAAGGAAGAGAUCGAGGCGGAGCAGAAGCGCCCGAAGCGCAAGGUUGCUGUCAUGGUUGGAUACUCGGGCACUGGUUACAGGGGCAUGCAAAUCAACGGCGACGAACCCACGAUCGAAAGAGACCUUUUCCGAGCCUUCAUCGCCGCGGGCGCGAUUGCUAAAGCCAAUGCCGACGACCACAGAAAGUCGAGCCUCAUACGAUGCGCGCGUACCGACAAGGGAGUCCACGCUGCUGGCAAUAUUAUCAGCUUGAAGCUCAUCAUUGAGGACGAGGAUAUCGUGGAAAAGAUCAAUGAUGCCCUUCCCGAGCAGAUCCGCAUCUGGGGCAUCCAGAGGACCAAUAACAGCUUCAACUGCUACCACGAAUGCGAUUCCAGAUGGUAUGAGUACCUGAUGCCUAGCUACACGCUUCUGCCACCAAACCCAAGAUCUUUCCUAGGCCAGAGCGUGCAAGAGUACGCCAAGCUCCACAAUGUUGAGGCCGAGCUUGAGGAGAAGUUUGCCGAUGUGAAGGAUUUCUGGUCCGAUGUUGAGGAGAACGGUGUCAAGCCUGUACUGGAAAGACUUGACCCUGAAAUUAGGGCCAAGGCACUUGAGCGAAUCAGCUCUGAGGACUUUGACUUGGCGAACGAGAAGGGCGAAUCUAAGCCAGAAUCUACGGAGAACGAUGCUGCGGCAACAGAGGGGACAGACAAGGCAGCCUCUGAGGAACAGACUGCCGCUGCAUCUAGCGAGGGAGCCGAGGUACCCGAGGGAAGCCUCAAGCCAAAGAAGCGCGAGCUUGGCCCUCUAGACUACGCUCUUCGCGAUAUCAAGAUGGCCUAUGUUUCUGCUAAGCGAAAAUACCGUGUUUCCCCAGAGCGGCUGCAGCGCCUCCAGGAGAUCCUGACCAAGUACGAAGGAACUCACAACUUCCACAACUUCACUGUUCAAAAAGCCUUCAAGGAUCCCUCCGCGAAGCGUCAUAUCAAAUCAUUUGUCGUCAAUCCUGAACCCAUCAUCAUUGGCGACACAGAAUGGUUGUCUCUGAAAGUACAUGGCCAGAGCUUCAUGAUGCACCAGAUCCGCAAGAUGGUUAGUCUUGCAGUUCUGAUGGUGCGAUGCGGGACCCCUCUGGACCGAGUCCGGGAGAGUUACCUGGAGCAGAAGAUGGCUAUUCCCAAGGUCCCGGGCCUGGGCCUGCUCCUCGAGCGUCCAGUCUUUGACAUGUAUAACAGGAAAGCUAAAGAUUCCCUUGGCAAGGAAACUCUUGACUUUGGAAAGUAUGAAGAAAGACUGGAGGCGUUCAAGAGGAAACACAUCUACAACCGUAUCUUCGACGUGGAAGAGAAGGAAAACGCGUUCCACUCCUUUUUCAACCAGGUUGACCAGUUCAAGCAAAAUCACUUCUUGUGGGUAACAGCAGGAGGCAUGGCUGUUGCCAAGAUCGAAGGCCAAGGCCAGGCCUUAGCCGAUAAGCAGCUCGGUGACGAGGAUGAAGAAGAUGUCGAGGGAGGCGAGGGCUAG